GGUACGGACUCGGUUCUUAGGCGGCGCCGCCGGGGAAGGCGAGACCCGACUGGGGCCCGCAGGGCGGGGCGCGGAGCCGCAGAGCCUCAGGCUUCCGUCUGGCCCCAGCCCCUUAGGAGCUCCGCAGGUUUCCGCCCAGAUAUGGAAGACUGAGGCCCGUUGAUAGUGCAGAACUCAGCCCCAGCACCACCGCCCCCAAGAGCCCCAUGCAGGUGCCACAGGAUGGAGAGGACUUUGCCAGCCAACCCUGGUACCACGGCCCCUUGUCCCGCCAGAAGGCAGAGGCUCUUCUUCGGCAAGAUGGGGACUUCUUGGUUCGUGCAUCUGAAUCCCAUGGAGGCCACCCUGUGAUCUCCUGCCGCUGGCAGGGCUUGGCCUUACACUUCGAGGUUCUCUGUGUGGCCCUGCGUCCGCGGCCAGGCCGGCCCGCAGCCCUCUUUCAGCUAGAGGAUGAGCGUUUCCCAAGCCUGCAUGCCCUGGUUCACAGCUAUGUGAGCGGCCAGCGUCCGCUGACCCAGGCCACCGGGGCUGUGGCCUCCAGGCCGGUGACACGGCAAGAGUCCAUCCGAUGCAGCUUUAGUGAGGACACCCUCCUAGACAGCCCAGCUCGUGUAAAGCUGCUCAGGGAUAGGAAGUGGAGUGACAGUCAGCCUGCAGGUUUGGAGCUUGUGGGGCAGUCAAGAGAAGGCCACUCUGGACCAGGAGCCUCUGCCGUGCCCACGUUUGCCCUGCGUCGGAUGGGUAGUGACCCUGUGUUGCUGAAGACCUCAGACCCCCUGGGGUCCAUUGCUGACAGCCUCUGGGCUUCGGAUGGGCAGCUUCACACCAAGAUGCCAACCAAGCCACCUCGAACACCCCCACUAGUGCUACCCGAUGCCUCUGGACGCCCCCCAACAUACUGUGAGCUGGUGCUCCGUGUGCCCAGUGCCCGGGGAACACCCUCUGGCCACAGCUGCCCAGAGCCAGAGACCCCCUGGUGGGAGACCCAGGAGGAGGCAGAGGACGAGAGAUGUUUUGCAAGACCACAGGCACAGGUCUCUUUCUGCCCUGCUGACAACCCCUCCAGCCUGCUGGGCCCCCAGAAUCGGCCCCUGGAACCAAAAGUCCUACAUAUUCUCCGUGGCCUGUUCCUGGAGCACCAUCCUGCCAGCACUGCCUGCCACUUGCUAUUGGCAGACUGCCAGGCCACAGGCCUACUGGGAGUGACCAAGGCUCAGAGGGAUGCCAUGGGGGUUGCCUCUGGCCUGGAACUGCUCACACUUCCCCAUGGCCAUUGCUUGAGGUCAGAACUGCUGGAGAGGCACGAGGCACUGGUACUGGCUGGCGCGCUGGCGGUGCUGGGCUGCUCAGGGCCCCUGGAGGAGCGCGCGGCCGCCCUGAGGGGCCUGGUGGAGCUGGCACUGGAGCUGCGGCCAGGGGCAGCGGGGGACCUGCCUGGACUGGCCGCAGUCAUGGGCGCCCUGCUCAUGCCGCAGGUGUCCAGGCUGGAACGCACAUGGCGCCAGCUCCGAAGGAGCCACACCGAGGCAGCGCUGGCCUUCGAGCAGGAGCUGAAGCCGCUGAUGCGGGCGCUGGAUGAGGGCGCCGGACCCUGCGACCCGGGCGAGGUGGCUCUGCCUCACGUGGCACCCGCGGUGCGCCUGCUGGAGGGUGAAGAGAUCCUGGGGCCGCUGGACGAGAGCUGCGAGCAGCUGCUGCGCACGCUGCAGCGGGCGCGUCAAGUGGCCCGGGAUGCGCCCAAAUUCCGCGAGGCAGCGGCCCGGCGCCUGCGAGGUGAGCGCCGGGCUGCCAGGGGGCCCGACUUUGGGAGCACCCCAUGUGCUCUAACCCGGUGCCCCCACACUAACCGGGCUAUAGACCAGAGCCUCCCACCAGGCCUUCCAGAAUGUCACCCAAACUGGGACGGCUUCCCCCAGUGGCUUCCAAGCCCUUGCCACAACCAACUGUGCCCUCCACCCUAAAAGGGGUGAUCCGCCCCCUGGAGUCACGCCCAUGGGGUCCCACUUCCUCCCAAGCUUGUCGUGCACGGGUGGCCUGGCCCCCAAAUCCCGACCCCGCAGUGGCUCCGUCUCUAGGCACAGCCCCUAAGGCGGGGCCCCUUAGCAGUUCGAACAGAGCGCCCCCAUCACCCUAGCAGAGCCUACCUCCACGGAGCCCCUCCCUCUCACAUGCCCCCUCCUCCCACCCCUCCUACUCCCCCAUCCCCCACCGCGCUAGGUCAAAGUCCCAGGGGAGAAGGCAGUGUGAAGCGGGGCGAGGAGGGGCGAGGCGGUGCUUGGGCCCCCCGCCGCUAGCGCACCUGGCCCCGCCUCCAGGAUUUCGGCCCAACCCAGAGCUGAGCGAGGCCCUGACCACCGGCUUUAUGCGGAGGCUGCUCUGGGGGAGCCGGGGCGAGGGGGCGCCACGGGCUGCACGUUUGGAGAAAUUCCAGCUCGUCCUUAGUGUCUUGUCGCA